AAUUUCAGCCUUGGGAAAAAUUUUUUUCGUUCAUAGAAAAGAAAGAUUAAUUUUUUGUCAGUUUCUUUUGUUUUCUUAAAAAGUAAACAACUAGUUUGGUUAUAAUAUUUGGUAAUUUUCAGCAAUUUUAUAUAAUUGAAAGUAAAGUAAAGAAAUUAAGUGAUGAAUGGGUCAUGAACAAAUGUAAAGAUCAACAAGGAAUGUUAGAAAAUCGUGAAAGAGAUGAACAGGAGGCUUUGAAAUUGGAUGAAAAUUUCAAAGAAAUUUUAUCACAAGUACGACCGUAUAUUGUUAAUUUGACAUCAAAAAAAGAUGCACAACUCUGUAAAGUAUGGCUCGAGAAAUUAAAUUCAAUUUCCGAACAACGACAUAUUAGAAAUACAUAUUUAUUGGAGCUUUAUCGUCAACUUAGUUUUGGACAAAUUAAAAGUAUUUUUCGAACACCACCUCCAAAUGGAGAUUUAAUUCCAUUACCAAUUCAUUAUCGAGAGUUCAAUUCGACUUCAUCUCUAACGGACAUUACGGAUUCAAGUUCUGCUUCAUAUUAUUUAAAAAUUCAACCAAAUUUCAAAAAAACUCGUUCAAAAUUUUCGAAAAGUAAAGCUUCAUUAAAAAAAUGUGAAACAGAUACAACAAGUGAUGCUUCGUUUUAUUUUCUCAAUGAUGAACAAGUGAAUAAAGAUCAACUGCAAUUUUAUAGACAAAAAAUUGAAGCCUUAACUGACAUAGUACAAGAAUUACAAAUUCAAAAUGAAAAACUUGACAAUGAAUUGUUUCAAUGUCAAGAAAAAAUUUCCACUUCUGAAUCACCCUUGCGUAUUAAAAUUAAACACAUGACUGAAGAAAUAUCAACGCUAAAAACUAAGCUUAAAGAAGUACAACAAAUGAAAAAUGUUUUGGAAGAAAAUCAUCGAAUAACUGUUCAACAGUAUCAAGAAACAAUGAGUAAUCAGUUUAAUAAAUUAAAAACUCGAUUAGAAGAGGCACAAGAUAAAAAUGUGGAUUUGGAAGAAAAUUUAUUUUCCCUAACUCAAAAAAUAGAAGAAGUCAUAAGAGAGAAGGAAGAACAGGCAAGAAUAAUCGAAAAAGAAUGGUCCAAGAAAUGUGAAGUCAUUCAUAAAGAUUAUGAGAUAAUUUUACAACAAAAAGGCAAAGAACUUCAAUACAAGGACGAAAUAAUUAAUCAAAAAGGAGUGGAACUUGCACAAAAGGAUCUUGUGAAACGAGAGGAAAUCAUUUCUUUAAUUAAUCAAAUCAAAGAGCUGGAGAGUAAAUUAGAAAUUAAAAUUCAGGAUGAAGGAAAACUACAAAACAUGUUAGUGAAGCAUUACACAGCAAUGAAAGAUGAAUUUGCAAAAAUGAGAAAUGAUAUUGAAUUUAGAUCGCAAAAACAAAAUGAAGAUUUAAUGAAUGAAGUUGUAACAUUAAGAAAGAAUAUUUUCAAAUUGGAAAAAUCAAAAGAGCAUCUUGCAAAAAAAGUAUCACAAAUUAUAAAGGAUAAAGAAUUGGAGAUAAAAACACUACAAAUUCAAUUACAAGGACAACGAAGUGAAUUAUCAGUGUCUUUAAAUUCAGAGAAACAAAAUGAAUUAGAUUCAAUUGUCGAUGUGUUGGAAAAAAGAUACAAAGCUCUUUUGACAGCCGUUGAUGUUUCAGCUGAUAAUCAUAUGCAAAAUUAUCUCAGGAAAAUAGUGAAAUUAGAACGUCAAGUGUCACACUUGAAGACCAAUCUUGAAAAACUGGCCGAUCGAGGAGAAAAUACGUAAUUUUUUUUUUUUUAUUAAUUUUGAUAAAAUCAUUUUGUAAUAUUCACCAAAAAGAGUAAAAAUAAUAAAAAAAAAAAUUAAAUUUUUAUA